CACACACCUCGUGCCGUGACCACGGGAUACUUAGAUGGCCUUACGUCACAAGAUGAGAACUCUGGUCCCGUUUGCAGUAGUGAUCUUCAUCGCCGUAGCUACAGAGGCCAGCACGAACUAUGGCGGAUCCGGAAGUGGCUAUGGCGGAUACGGAAGCGGCUAUGGUGGCUAUGGUAGCGGCUAUGGCGGAUCCGGAAGCGGCUAUGGCGGAUACGGAAGCGGCUAUGGCGGAUACGGAAGUGGCUAUGGCGGAUACGGAAGUGGCUAUGGCGGAUCCGGAAGCGGCUAUGGCGGAUACGGAAGUGGCUGGAACUAUGCAGGGGGAGGCUGGGACUCUAGACCGAAUUAUGUGAGCGGAGGAUAUGGCGGAUACAGACCUUCCUACAGCUAUGGGGGCUCGAGACCAAGCUAUGGCUAUGACUAUAGUUCGAGACCCGGUUCCGGCUAUGGGAAUGGCUACAGCUAUGGCGGUUAUGGGUAUAGAUACAGACCAAGUGAUUAUUACAGUCAGGGUGGUUAUGGGGGAUAUCGGCCAUAUGAUGGGGGUUAUGGCGGUUAUCGUCAAGGCAGUUAUUAUAGCCAAGGUACUGGGGGUUAUCGCCCCUAUGAAGGUGGAUAUAGUCUUGGAAGCUAUGGAGGCUACCGUGGGUCAGAUUAUGGUUAUAAGAGUGGGUGGUGGUGAUUUUACAGAUUUUCCCGCAAAUGUGUAUUUCAUGAUAUUAUGGGGGAAGGGGGGUAAAUAAAUUAUAGAAAUUCUGAAAAUAAGCGUAGCACCUGUUAUUUAGGGAAACAUGGUGCAGAACCAUAGCUGCGUUAUUUUGCCAGAAACUGAAGUAACUGAUGAUCAUAUGCCUUACAUAUAAGACAGACAGUUGCACCAAUCUAGAUCUGGCGUGGCCCAUCACAAGGAGUUCCAAAUUUUAGGGAAAUAAUAUUCCCUGGAUAUACGUAUUUUAAAUUGGUUAUUAACAUGAAACCAAAACUCACUACUUAAAUCUUAACCCAAUAAAUUAAUUUAGCUUUAACUUGUAAGUUCAAUCACUUUUAUACAAUUAAAUUCCGUCUGUAUAGAAGAUACAAUUUAACGGUUUUAGUGAUACAUAAUAUUUCUUGUAAGAUUUGAGGCUUUCACGGCGGUGACUAUGAAGAAAGCAGUCUUCUGGGAUUUGGCACC